UGAAAAUUGCAGUCUUGUUAGCAUUGUUUUCUUCCUUUUAUCCAUUCCAUCAAAGAACAAAAGGUACCAGCAAACCUCUCAGAAGAUACAGACCAAAUGAUUGAUAAAUCUUAUGAGGAAACAGUGGUUUCUUUUUGAUGUUUACAAUGGAAGAAUCAUUUCCAUUGGAGUAUCGUCGACAGCUACAACGCCAAGGCUGUCAAGUGUCACCAUAAAUUCCAAGGUGAUUGAAAAUGGAGCUCAGCAUCUUGUUGAUCAUGUUACUCCUUUUCAUAUUUCUAUCCUCUGCUUUCUGCUUAAUCCGUAUAGGGACUUCACCAAAAGCAAUGGAGGGUAUCCCUGGUAGCAUGGGUUGGCCUAUUAUAGGUGAAAGUUUAUCAUUUCUGUCAGACUUUUCAAGCCCAUCUGGUAUUUUCAGUUUUAUGAACAAGAGACAACAGAGAUAUGGAAAAGUGUUCAAGAGCUUUGUUUUGGGGAGAUACACUGUGUUCAUGACUGGCAGAGAAGCAAGCAAAAUCUUGUUGUCAGGGAAAGAUGGGAUGGUGAGCUUAAACCUUUUCUACACAGGCCAACAAGUUUUGGGUCCCAACAGUUUGCUUCAAACCGAUGGUGAAGCUCACAAGAGGCUUAGACGCCUUAUUGCCGAACCACUUUCCAUUGAUGGUUUGAAAAAAUACUUCCAUUUUAUCAACACUCAGGCAAUUGAAACACUAGACCAAUGGACUGGUAAAAGAGUAUUAGUCCUUGAAGAGGCUUCUUCAUUCACUCUCAAAGUAAUUGGCAACAUGAUAAUGAGCCUUGAACCUAGUGGUGAGGAACAGGAAAGGUUUAGAGCCAAUUUCAAAAUCAUUUCUUCUUCAUUUGCUUCCAUGCCUUUCAAAAUCCCAGGAACUGCUUUUCAUCGUGGUAUUAAGGCCAGGGAUAGUAUGUAUGCCAUGAUAGAUUCAAUCAUAGCAAAGAGGAGAAAUGGGGAAGUGAUACAACAAGAUUUCCUAGAAUCCCUAAUUAUUAAACACAGCAAGGGAACAAAUACAAUAGACAAUGAAGAUAAUAAACUCACUGAUCAACAAAUGAAGGACAAUAUAUUAACUCUACUAGUUGCAGGCCACGACACCACGACCGCAGCUCUUACAUGGCUCGUCAAAUUCCUUGGAGAAAACCCAGCAGUUUUGGAACAGCUUCGAGAGGAACAUCUGCAAAUUCAAGCAAAUAGAAAGGAUGGAACCAAUCUUACAUGGUCUGAAGUUAAUAAUAUGCCUUACACCAACAAAGUGAUUAGUGAAACUCUAAGAAGGGCCACAAUUUUACCAUGGUAUUCAAGGAAAGCUGCUCAGGACUUUGAGAUUGAUGGCUAUAAUAUCAAGAAAGGUUGGUCCAUUAACCUGGAUGUUGUUUCCAUCCACCAUAAUCCUGAAACUUUCCCUGACCCUGAAAAGUUUGAUCCUUCCAGAUUUGAUGCACCAUUAAAGACUUUCAGUUAUCUGGGAUUUGGCAGUGGACCACGAAUGUGCCCCGGAAUGAACCUGGCUAAACUGGAAAUCUGCAUCUUCAUCCAUAAUCUUGUUUGCAAAUACAAGUGGAGAGCUCUGGAGAAAGAUGAUUCUGUACAGCCAACACUUGUUCGUAUGCCGAAGAACAAGUAUCCCAUUAUGGUUGAGCCACUGUGAAACUUUUCAUUCCAAAAUCAAGAAAAAAGCAGGAGAAAGAAAUGUUGCAGCAUGACUGCUUGAAUUGAAGAACAGGAUAUGUAUCACAUGUGCAUACACAAAAAGGAAAUAAUGUUUUGUAUCAAAAUUUUGCUCAACUUUCAAGUAUCUCUAUCUUGUUGUCAUAUAACAAAGUUUAUUAGUAAAGAAAAGCCCUUGGCAAAUAGACAAAAAA